AUGGUAGAAGGCGGUCUAGGUCUGCAUCAUAUGAAAAUAAGCACCGUAAGAGUGGUGAAAGAAGGUGAGCCUUGUGAUGAGAGAGAGGAGUCAAAAUUUAGGGAAAGAAGUAGAUCCAGGUCUACUGAUGGAGAAGUUCAUAGAAGGAUCUCUUCACAAGUAAUAGAUGAAACUAAAUUCGAGAAUAAAAAACAUUCAAGUUCAAAAUUUGUUGAAGAUGAUCUUGAGUACACCAAAGCUAAGCAUGAUGGCAAGAAAGAAAAACGGAAACAUCGUGAUAGGAGACGCUCUAGAUCAUUAUCUGCAGAACCUGAACCUCGCUCACGUGGCAAGUCCUCUCGCCAAAGAGAGGACAAAAUGAAGGAUAAAAACAGAAGACGUUCAAGAUCAAAAUCCCCAGAAGGCAAAGACAAAAGAAAAGAUGGUGGAGGCACUAUUGAUAAAAUGGACCGCAAUAGCUUAAAGUAUCUAAAAGAUGACGAUGAAAAGAGUAUCAAUAAUUCAACUGAUCUCAGGGAUGGAUCAAAAUGUGAUACAGUCAAGUCAAUCAAAGCUGCAAUGGAUGAAAGGGAACCUGAUAGAUCUGAUGUUGUUGCAGAAAAUUCCAAGAGAAGCUCUAGUUGUGAUCCGGAAACCUUGGAUGGAAACCACAGCAUUGGUGCUGGGCCUGAAAGCUCAAUUGCGCUAGAAGGCAGGGACAAUCAAGAUUCUAGCCAACAUGCAGCUCAUCGUAAAUCUUUAACUGGAGCUACGCGUGCCCUAGAUGAGGAUUAUGUUGAUGAGAAGCCAUAUGGGCAGUAG